UCCCUCAAGAUGCAGAUCAUUUGUGUUUUUUGACACUUGCAAGAACCUAGCUGUCAAUUGUGUCGAUUUGGUCUACAAUUCUUCUUGAUUUUUAUAUUUUUAUGUAACAUUUUAUUGAUAUGUGGUCAUUAUGAAAUUGAGAUGGUUAAAUACUGUAGAAAUCUCCAUUUAAGGAAAACUGACUAUUAUUUCGAUUGAAAAUAUCUUUUACGAUGAGCAUCAAGUCAUUUGAUUGCAUUCCUGUCUUGGAAACUUCCCAGCUGCUCGCAGAUCUGAGACCUCAAACUAAAAUUCAGAUUGAGAGCAUAGAGUCAUGUGGAAGUGAGCUCUUCUUAGGAACCUACGAUGGUCUGAUCCUGGUUUACAACAUACAGGAAAGUCUGGAAACGGGUGGGAAGACAAAAUGCUUUGCCACAAAAAACAGAGAGCGCUAUUUAAGCACCAGAAAGCCUAUCAAGAGCAUCAAAGCAGCCUCAGCUAGUGAACGACUGCUCAUUAUGAGCAACAACACAAUUUUCUUACUGUCAAUGUCGUCCCUCGAGCCUGUCGGAUCGCAACUGCAAGGAGUCACAACAAUUUGCGUCAAUGAAAAUCCAUCAGACAUUGAUGAUCCUUUUGCCACUCAAAUUUGCGUGGCGACUAAAAAGAAAAUUGAGGUUCACAAUGCAAAUGAGUCAAAGUUCUCUCUAAUCACGGAUGUUGCCACUUCGGAGCCUGUUGUGCACUUGGGAAUAGAUGGAUCCUUCAUAUGCGUGGCUCUUAUGACCAAGUACAAGAUCUUCAACUUUAAAACUAAGGUUGUCCAAGAACUGUUUGAUUUUCCUCCAGCUAAUUUCUUUCCCAUCGUAAGAAGAAUACAGCAGGGUGAAUUUUUACUGACAGCUUCCGAAGGCCUUGGAAUGUUUGUUACAACGGAAGGAUUGUCAAAUCGAGCACCAAUCCAGUGGAUGGUCCAUACAAAUUUUGACUCUGGAUCUUCUGGCGUCAUUGCAACAGCUUAUUUUCAUCCUUACAUUUUAGCACUGUGUGGAAAUUUCAUCGUAGUUCACAGUAUAUUAGACCAGCAGCAAAAGCAGUCUGAGCCCUUCAGCGGAGGCGUUGCAUUAGGAAAUUUUGAUGGUCGAUUGUACGUUUGUACCUCAAAAUCAGUUUACCGACUCUGUCCAGUCGCUUGGGAAAAGCAAGUCCAGGCUCUCCUUUGUGACAAGAAAGUUGAUGAGGCUCUCGAUCUGAUCCAAAACGCCAAUUAUACAGGAUAUUCAAGGGAGCAAUUUGAAAAAAUGAGCCAAAGAAUAAAGCAGCAAGCGUCUUUCAUUUAUUUUUCUUUGAAGGACUUUGACAGAGCAAGAGAAAUGUUCAUUGAAAGCAACGUUGACGUCAGAGAGGUUAUUUCGCUCUUUCCAAAUCUACUUCCACAAUCAUCUUCGUUUGUGAGAGCAAUUCCACCCCUUCAUGAAAUUGCAGACGUUGACCAGCUAUUCCAGAAAGACUCGGAUGCCAUUUCAGAAGCACAAGUCUGCCUUCGACAACUACUUGAAGAUUUAAGAGAUCCAUCAGCUCCAGUUGUCUUACACCAAUUUGAACUAGACACAGCUCUUGUCAAGUUAUACGCCGAAUCCAACAAAGACAGCCUUGCAGCUUUUAUUUUGGCCGGAGAUGUCCAGUGUGACACCAAAGACUGUUUGCAGUGGCUGGAGGAACUAGGCUGCUUCAACUCUGUUGCCCUUCUGCACAAACAAUCCAAAAAUAAUGAGUUGGCUCUUGAGUACUGGGCUCGAUUGGCAUCUGGCGAAAUUCAGGAUGAUAGUUUUCAAGGCAUGGAUUUCUUUGCCGAGUGUCUAGCAAAUACCAAAGAUAUGGAUCUAGUUUGGAGACAUGCAGCUUUUGUUUUAGACAAGGAUGAAGAGUCGGGAGCCAAAAUAUUCACUUGCCGGAGCACGGACCAAAAUCACAUUCCUCUAGACGUAGAUAAAAUUGCAGAGUACUUGCAGAAGUAUCCUAGAGCACUAGUCAAUUAUUUGGAGUAUAUUGUGUUGGAGGAGAAAAACCAAGAUGAAAAAUUUCACUCUCGUCUGGCAGUUAUUUAUUUGGAUUCGUUAUCAAAGAUGCAAAAAAACGGAGCCUCCCAAGACGAGAUCCUGCGCAUUCGAAAAAAAUUCCAACGAUUCCUCCAAGAAUCAAAUCUGUAUCGGGUGCAAACAGUGCUUGCUAAAAUCAAGGGCAUGGGGUUGGACCGUGAAACAGCAACCCUGCAUGGCAAGCUCGGUGAGCACGACAAAGCGCUGACAAUUUUGGUGCACAGACUGAAAGAUUACACGGCUGCUGAAGAGUACUGCGAGGCUAACUCGGUGGGAAAAGACAAAAAGUCCAGUGAGGAUCUCUUUCACAGCUUGCUCAACUGCUACUUGGACCAGCAAUUUGACAGUCAAGAUGAUAAAAAUGAAUUAGUCAAGCCAGCACUGGAUUUGAUCAAUCGGAAGGCAAAAAUGUUCAAUGUGGCCAAAGUUCUGGAGCGCCUGCCUCAAGGGAUUGCUGUGCCUGUUGUCGACUCUUUCCUUUGUGGUGCCCUGAGGUCGUCAAUGCACAAGUUUCGUAUGAAAAAAGUGGAGGCAUCUUUGGCCAAAGGCGAGAACAUUCAACGGAGGCACGUCCUUUACGAGCUCCACAACAGUACUGUAUUCCUGCAAGAUAAUAAUUAUUGCUUUGUGUGCAAAAAACCAUUCCAGGAUGGCUCGUUUGCGCGAUACCCCAACAAUGUGAUCACACACAUCGCCUGUGCCAAACAAAAUGAUGUGUGCCCUGUCACGGGGAGGAUUUUCCGCUCUCCUGAUAAGCCCGAUCGCUCAUUUCCAUCAAGCUGAAUCAUUCAAUAUAAAAUGCUAAGCCUAUGUUUUUACGCCCAUAUUAUGUAAAAGCCGUAUGUUGUAAACCCAUAAAAAACAGAGAAGUCACAUCAGAUAAUAUAAAUCUUGUUGAAUUGGAUUUCUUGAAAUAAAUAUAUUUCAAUUCAUUAUUAUUUUA